AUGCACUAUCUGCAGGAUUUGGCAAACCAGGGGGUCGAUAUCUCAAACUUCUCUGUGGACUGGCUACCAGAACAUCCACCAAAUUUCAUGAAAAGGAUGCGAGAAUCAUCUGAAAGAAAGAUGAAGAAGAAAGCUCAGAAGCUGGGAGAAACUUCUGUAUCUAGACCUCAUGUGCCUCUGGUCUCCUCCUCUCCAAGUAAGUUUUUGCCUUCUGACUCUCCCUCUAUUCAUUUAAGGCAACUUUCUUCUUCCCUACCUCUACCCUCUCCCAUUUACACACCCUAUGAACCUACACCCUCCACCACUAAGCCCUCUGAAACACCUAUUUCUAACCCACCAUCACCUCCCCUUCAAAAAUUUAACCUCACCACCAUAAGUCUUCCCAUAUCUGAAGCUCAGAUGUUCAACGAACCCAUAUCACCACCUUCCUCAACACCUUCAUCCCCACCUUACUAUACCAUCGCCUCUUACUCUGAGCCAUCUGACCCCCAAUCUCCAACUCUAGCUCAACUUCAGGCUUGUUCCCUUUCCGCCUACAACCAACCUGAAUCAGAAACAAACAUUCCAUCACAGUCUGAACAACCAUCAUUACCUCCAUCUGAACCACACAUUGAAACUCCCAUUGAAAACCCCAUCACCCAUCACUCUAAACCUCCCAUUGAAACCAUCCCCUCAUCACCAGCACCUACAUCUCCCGUCUCCGAACCAGAACCCACCUUUCCCACCCUUGAAGAAGCAAUAGACUUAUUUGUUGAGUCUUCAAUGGAGAAGAUCAAAUCACUAUCUGAAAACUCUGUCCGAAACGACUUCAUCAGAGAAGCUGGAGAGAGGUUGCAGGCACGUUUAGCCAGAGAGGCAGAAGAGAAGGCUAGAAGAGAAGGUGAAGAGAAGGCUCAUAUAGAAGAAGAGAAAAGAGCAAGAGAAGCUAUAGAGAAGGCCACUGCUGAAGGCUCAUUCUGGUUUCGCUCCUCUCGUACUGAAUACUCUGUAAGAGCUACAGAAGGAGCAGCAGAUAGUGAGAGCCAGACUGGACCAACAGGACUCUGUCAACUCCAACAUUCAAAACCUGCUGACUCAGUUGCUUUAGAGGAUGCCACCGCCUCCGAACACUUAGGAACUUAG